AUGGAUGUUACGUCAGAGGCUGCAAAUUUCCAACUGGUGGACUUUUACCCAUUCCUACGUCCUAUAUAUCGAUUCCUACCUUACUGGCUACUGCCAAGUGUAGAAAGGCUUCACAAUCUACAGAAGCUGGAGGAUCGUGUCUUUAUGCAACUUUUGAAUCGUGCCAAGGAAAGAAUAGAGUCUGGAAAUGCUUGUCCCAGUUUUAUUGGGGAUAUGCUGCAGGACAAGGAUGCAGAUAGACUCGACGAUCGACAAAUAGCCCAUAAUGCGGCUCAUGGUUUUGGGGCAGCAAUGGAUACGUCUGCCAACACAAUUCUUGGCUUCAUCAAGGCCAUGGUGUUAUUUUCAGAGGCUCAGGCCAAAGCCCAACGGGAAAUCGAUGCUAUAAUUGGUGAUAGUCGGAUUCCAGAAUGGAAAGACCGUCCCGUUUUGCCCUAUGUGCGUGGUGUGGUGGAAGAGACCUUGAGAUGGGCACCGAGUCCGCUGAGUGCUGCCGUUCCUCACUCGGUCAAGGAAGAUGACGUUUACAAUGGCAUGACCAUACCCAAAGGUUCCAUGGUCAUGAUGAAUGUCUGGACGCUGAAUCACGAGCGAGUUAUGGAGACAAGAGACUUUGACCCAAUGCGACAGACUGGCGAGGAAACUCUGAUAGAGAAUAAUGCGAUCAACCAGGACUCGGAGAAGCGACUUCACUUUACCUUUGGGGCAGGAAGAAGAGUGUGCCCUGGAUUUCAUGUCGCCGAAAGAAAUUUAUUUCUCGCGAUAUCCCGUAUAUUGUGGGGCUUUACAAUCACACCUGCGAAAAAUCCGGAUGGUUCCUCAGUGCCCAUCAAUCGCGAUGCUGUGACGCCAGGUCUGAUUGUGAGACCCGAGGAUUUCGAAUGUGAAAUCAAACCGCGCUCUGCUGCCCGCCAGCAGAUGAUACUGGAUCUGUGGGCAAAGUCAGAAGAAAGCCUUGACGAAGAUGGUAAUUUCACUUCUGCAUUCGUUCAUUCAGUUUUUGGUAGCGGAAAAUGA